AUGGCUCUAACUAACAUUGAAAAGGAAUAUGAAGAUUUUGUAAAGAAGAACUCUUGGUUACUAAUUUAUUACAAAAUUUGUAGAGAAGGUCAGUCACAGAAUUUAACUACUAUAGAAGCUAAAAAACCUCAUAACAAACACUUAAAUAGGUAUAGAGAUGUUAGCCCAUAUGACCAUACACGUGUUAAAUUGAACCGAAUCGAAAGGGAUUACAUCAAUGCCAACUAUGUAAAUAUACCACGUGCAAACAGAAAGUAUAUUCUUACCCAAGGACCAUUAGCCGCCACUAUGGGACAUUUUUGGCUCAUGGUAUGGGAGCAAUGUUGUACGGGCAUAAUAAUGUUAAACAGAUUGAUUGAAAAUAAGGAGACAAAGUGUCACCAGUACUGGCCCGGUGAAGUUGGAUCAGAGUCUAUUUAUGAAGAUGUUCAGUUGGCAGUCACACUUAUUAGUGAACAAAAUAAAAAUUACUACAUACUCAGAAAAUUCAAACUGCAAGAUCUGGAGAGCAUGAAAACGCGAGAAAUCUUACAAUUCCACUACAUAACAUGGCCCGACUUUAAAGUACCAAAAUCACCAACACAAUUUUUAGAAUUUUUGAAUGAUGUUCGGUCUUCUGGAAUUUUGGAGUCUAGUGGACCACCAAUUGUACACUGUAGUGCAGGAAUCGGUCGAUCCGGUACCUUUUGUCUUGUGGACUCUACCCUUUUUAGUAUGGAAAGUGAAGGAGUUAACAAUGUAGAUCUUAAGGAAAUAUUAAAAAACAUGCGGACACAGCGAAUGGGUUUAAUUCAAAACACCGAUCAAUUCCGUUUCUCAUAUCUGGCGAUCAUAGAAGGUGUCAAAAGAUUUGAUCCUAAUUACAAAGAGGCAGAGGAGAUAUAUUCUGAGGUUGAUGUUUCAUCAUCAGAAACUUUAAAUAUCGAUCCAUCAUGUGCACCGCCUUUGCCACCGCGUGGAGCGAGUCUCGAAACUCGUCCGUGCUUUGGUCCACUGCCACCAGUUCCAGUGGACUCUAUCCAAGAUGAUUUGUGCAGUUCCAGUGACAGCUCAGAAUAUAAUUCACCAUCACGAUUCGGACACCUCGAAGACGAUAAAAAGGAAGAAUCAGAGGAGCUCCAAGAAGGCCCGACAUUAAGAGUAAAGGCUGGGACACAAAACUUGCGAAGACCUUUGUGGCGACUGUCAACACCAGAACCGGAGAAAAAACCAAAAAAACCCAAAUGGCUGCCAAUAUCUAUCAUUAUGGCAUUAGGGAUCUUCGCAAUUGGAUUUAUUUACGUGUACUAUUAA